AUGGGAGCGGACCCUCGGUUUGGAGACGAGCGGCACCUCUCGCUGAGGGAGAGGCUCGUGCGGGAACCGAAAGGAGGUUACGCCUGGAACGCUGACCACGUCACCGCGGUAUAUCAGGGCGGGGGAGAAUGCGGAGUCGACAACCUCCGGACUCUGUGCGUAGUGUGCCACUCGGAGGUUACGCGGGUUCAGACCACGGAACGGGCCGCAACCAGGAGGAUGGAGAAGGAGAACAAGCGCCGGUCCCUCGAGGAGGCGCAAGGGCAGCGUCGGCUCGUCAGCUUCGGCGGCGGCAUCGCCCUGUCGGCAGUGUCAUCACAGACCGGGAAUACUGUAGGAGGAAGGGGGGGCAGCCAGGACGACGCCUGCGAGAUCUCCGGAAGCGACGAAGACCGCGGCGACGCUGACGGCAGCAGUGGAGGUGCUCACCACACCGACAGCGACGACGAUGACGGCGUGUUUAUGUCUCCGUUGAAGAAGCAGGUCUGCGCAGGCAUAGCCGGCAGGCGCGAAGGCGGUGGAGACGAUGUCGCCGCGAAGACGAACAGCACGGCGUUGAAGCCGGGCCUCAAGGGCUGCAACCGUCCGCAUCGAGGGAGCGAGCAGCCCAAAUCUUUCGCGCCCCGAGGGGAAGUGGACGUUGCCGACGGCACGGCGAGAAACAGACACGGCGUGAGGAGCAGGUCGACCCGUGCUUCCCUGGAAGCUUUCGAGCGAAUUAUCAACGGCGAGGGCUGCGACUUGGACUCUCCGCCGCGAGCGGGCGGCCCCGGCGAUGGCGUUCCAAGUGCUGGUGCUGCCGUUGGAAACGGUGGUGGUGGCGGCGGCGGCAACAACAGCGAUGACAGCUGCGAGAUAAUGUUCACCCGUGUGCGUCCCACCUGAUGCCCCCACCUCCUCGUUGCCGUCGUCAGCACGGCCGGGAAACAGGGCUCCCUUUCAGGAGGGACGAGGGCGGCGGGGGGUCAUCCAGCGGUGGGAGUGUUUUUCGUCCAACUCCUCGCAGCAGGCGACGCUAGCGACUGGCUAGGCACACAUGGCAAAUAGUGGCUGUUGAUGGCGUGCAGAGCCGCCCCCCUGGCCCUAGUGCAGAACACAAAUCUACUCAUUUUUUCGCUGAGGCUAGUUUCUAAUUUAAUCUAUGGGAUACCCCCACCGCGACUAUAUAGGUUCUAGUGUACGCUUUCUUGACCUGGCGCCUGUUCUCAUGGCCAAGUUAUCAGAUUUUGGAUUUUUAUUUGUUGGCCCAAGUUCUCAAAUCCUAGGAGUAUGUUCGUAAGGUGUUGUUGGCGUGUCCUGUAGGUGGUGGUGGCGCGGACUCUUAGCAAACCCCGUGCACGCGGCAGGAGGAGGAGUUUAUCGACUGAAAUAAUCGGACGUCGGUGCACUGUGUUCACGACCGGGAUUCUAUGAUGUUUUGCUCCCA